AUGCAUGUGGAUGUCAUCCGACUAGACUGGACAUCCCUGCAUGUGGCCAGCCAUUACGGGCAGACUGAGGUAGCAGAGCUUCUGAUAAAAAAUGGGGCUGACCUGGAGGCGAGGGGCAGAUUUGACCGGACAUCCCUGCAUGUGGCCAGCGAGUGCGGGCAGACUGAGGUAGCAGAGCUUCUGAUAAAAAAUGGGGCUAACCUGGAGGCGAGGGACUAUCUCCAGUCCACACCCCUGCAAGAAGCUGCUGUUGGGGGCCACACCGGGACUUGUGAGCUUCUGAUUCGUUCUGGAGCUGAUCUUACGACCAAAGAUAAGAACCAGUCCACUCCCCUGCAUAAAGCUGCUGCUGAGGGCCACACCGGGACUUGUGAGCUUCUGAUUCAUUCUGGAGCUGAUGUUAUGGUUCAGAAUAAGCACCAGGACACUCCCCUGCAUAAAGCUGCUGCUCGGGGCCACACCGGGACUUGUGAGCUUCUGAUUCGUUCUGGUGCUGAUGUCACAGCUACAGAUAAGGAGGGGAAGACUCCCUUGGAUUAUGCAAGGGAUCCAGAGACUCGACAGCACUUGAAGAUCAUCCCGCAUGCUGCUGAGAUGGUCCAAGGACACGCCAGUGACCUGCUGUGUAGCGAGGAUGAGGACCCGCUCAUCAGGAAUCGCACAAAGCUGAUCCGGGACCUGACGUCAUCGUCCGUCAUGGGGGACGUCCUGAACCAUCUCCUGUCACGUGACAUUCUCAGCGAUGAGGAAUACGAGCGUAUCAGGGCAAAGGAAACACCCCAAGACAAGGCAAGGGAACUGUUGGACACAAUAGGAAGAAAAGGUGCCCCUGCAAGUCGCAAGUUUAAGGAUGUCAUGGAUGAGGUAAACCCGCAUGCCGCCGAAAUGAUCAAAGACUCCAGUGACCUGCUGUUUAGAGAGGAUGAAGAUCUAGGGAUUGAGGAUGUAUCAGGUGACCCUGACGUGCCCAUUGAGGUCCUGCUGCGGGGACCAGAGAUGGCAAAGCUUUACUCCCAAGCCAGAGACCAGGGGUUCCUGACUGUCCACAGUACAAGGGUUCCGGUGGUGGGGCAGUUCAGGUCAGGCAAGAGCUGUUUUAUCAAGAGGCUGAUGGGAGAAACAGUCAGGAAGGAUGAGGAGGAACCCAUCACGGAUGGAAUCCACAUCAUUUCUGAUGUCCAAACCAAGACAUGGAAGAAGUCACCAGAGGAGAUAGAUGAAUUAGCAGGACCAUUGCUACCGACAGAGACAUCAACAGGGCAGGAAAUGGGUCUUGAGGAACAAACUAUGCCAGACUCACCAAGCCAAGGCCAUCAGGGACAACCUCAACCAGACUCACCAAGCCAAGGCCAUCAGGGACAACCUCAACCAGACUCACCAAGCCAAGACUAUCAGGGACAACCUCAACCAGGCUCACCAAGCCAAGAGCAUCAGGGACAACCUCAACCAGACUCACCAAGCCAAGAGCAUCAGGGACAACCUCAACCAGACUCACCAAGCCUGGAGCAUCAGGGACAACCUCAACCAGACUCACCAAGCCAAGGCCAUCAGGGACAACCUCAACCAGACUCACCAAGCCAAGAGCAUCAGGGACAACCUCAACCAGACUCACCAAGCCAAGAGCAUCAGGGACAACCUCUAUCUGACUCACCAAGCCAGCAACAGACUAACAUUGAAGACGAAGUGUCCAAUGUCAUGUCAGAGAAACAGAAGACCGAUGGCAUUCCAGACAACCUGCUUGAAUCUGCGGAGAGAAUGCUGAAGGCAGGUAUUACUCAGGAUGAGCUUGGCACUGCCACAAAUCCACGUCUGUCCUUCUGGGAUUUUGGCGGCCAGGCGACUUACUACGGGACCCACCACUGCUUCAUCACCCCCCGGGGUGUCUACAUCCUUGUCAUGUCUCUGCUGCAGAAACUGUCGGACCCUGUACCAGAUCAGGACCACAUGGCAUCUGUGGACAACCUGAGAACAGGAGGAGACUACCUGGACCACUGGCUCAACUCAGUACACUCUCACACUCAGCAACACAAAGUACAGCCUCCCGUCGUAAUUGUCCUCACACACAAAGACAUGGUCUCCCAGGAAUACAUUGACAAAUAUAAGGAAGAGAUAAGGAGCCACAUCAAGAGGAAGGCGGCAGGCAAGCUGGUCAUGUCAAAGAUAUUUGCAGUGGACAACACAACAGAGGACGCAGCAGUUGACGAGAUUCGUGACUACAUACGAGAGGUGGCGAGAGCCCUGCCGCACAUGGGCGAGGAAAUCCCCAUCUCAUGGCUUCAUCUUAACUCCAGACUGAAGACAAAGAGGAAAGAGGGGGAUCCAUUUUGCACAUUCCAAGAAGUUGUUGAACUCGCCCGAGAUCCUGACAUCAGGAUCACAGACAGGCACACCCUCGCCAUGGUUCUCACCUUCUUCCACGAUCGUGGCGACAUCAUUUUCUUUGACGAGCCCAGUCUCCGUGAUGACGUCACCCUGCAGCCACAGGUGAUGAUUGAUGCCUUUAAGACCAUCAUCACAGUUCCUCCGUAUCAGCAUGGUAGAAAGAUGAAAGCGAAGGAUAUUUGGGCUCGGUUCCUGGCAAAGAUCAGUAAAAUGAAGAAACAACAGACAGGCCCAGACCUGAGUAAAAUGUGGGAGAGACUGGAACAGGAGGGAAUCCUCAGCGACGAGUUGCUAACAAGGAUCUGGGAGAAGAAGGAUAAAGAACUUAAAGAAGAACUGGAAAAACCAUUUCUGCUCAGACACAAGUCCUUCCUGAAGGCACUCAUGGAGAAGUUUUAUCUCAUUUGCAAUGCCACACCUGUAAGUGAUCUGAGUAAGGAAGUCCAGCAGGAAGAGAUCUAUUUUGUGCCUGCACUCCUAAGCUGUAAGAGGGACAACGCCAAGUUAUAUCCCCGCAAAAUGCAUGUCUGUCCACAGGCGCUCUACUUCGUGUUCAGUGAGAAGUUUCUACCCAGCGGCAUGUUCUGCCGUCUUCAAGCCUUGUGUGUGCGCAGAUUUGGACUGAAAAAGUCCUGCGUGUUUGCCGGUUGUGCCCGUUUCCCUACAGGUAUACAGCAGGAAGCAUUCGUCAUCACCAAACUCGACCACUACUUGAAGGUGGAGCUUCUGUCAUCCUCAAAAGUCUUCACAGAAGGUCUGCGAGUCAGGAAGUUCCUCAGUAGCGCCCUGUUUGAGAUCAAAGAGAAGUGGAUCCCCUGUAUCCAGUACAAGCUCUUCUGCCAUACCAAACAAAGGGGCAGACGUGAACCUGUGUUCAGGGCAUUGCCAACAAGUGAUGGGCCAGUGGAACAGGAUUCAGGAGUGCCAUCUGCGUUUCGCGACAUUUGGAUGGCAGGUAUCUCGCAAGCUUAUCGAUCAGAAAACUCAGGAGGGGACGGCCCAGUGAUACUUCAGCCAAAGGGAGACCCCAGCAACAUGCGCACGAUCGGCCCUGUGUUGGACACUAUGGAGUUGGGCAGAGGGUUGUCACUGGACCAGUGUGACCAUACUAGAAGCCAGCUGACACCCAAAGAUAGGGUCAACAACCUGGUGAAGCUAAUACAAAAUGUAGAAAACCGUUACCAGCUGGGAGCCGCGGUGGAGAUGUGCUGUCCAGAAUUUGCAGAUUGCUUCUUGAGGGAGGAACGAGGAAAAGAGCUUGUCAUUCUCCACACAGACGACUACAUGGAAGAGUUCGUCUUGCCUCUCCAGAGAGCCGCUUCUGAAUCCGGAGUAUCCUGUCACACCGAGAACAUCGAGCCUACUGUAUCAAUUACAGAGAAAACAGUGGAUCUCCUGCUCAACACAAACAACAGGAUGGUUGCCCUGGUCAUCAGUCCCCAGACCCUACAUCACAGGCACUGGUCAAACCUUGACUACGAGUUCCCAGUUCGGAAUGAUAAGCUCCUGCUGCCCAUCCUGCUGUACCCACCAGGCUCCAGAGACAGGAUGGCCCGGGUGCUCCAGCAGAGGGCUCCUGUGCUGUGCAGUCUGGAGCGUGAGGAGAUAGAGAUGGAAGGGAGAGUGUCAGAUGAAAGACUUGAAGAAAUCGUCGAGAAGGUUGUGUCUGACAAGGAAAGAGAGCCGCUGCUGUAUCAGCUGAGCAGGGCUGUUGGUGAGGAGUGGACCCGACUGGGACAGGAGCUGGGAAUGGACAAGCCUCUGUUGGACAACAUUACAGGUGACGACGACUCUCAGAAAGCAUUCCAGAUGCUGAAGGCCUGGCGGACAAAGACCCCCCACGGACCGCUCCACUACCUGCCGCAGCUGGAGGAAACACUGCAGAACAUCGGCAAGCCUGACCGGGCUGCAGCUGUACAGGAGAUGUACAAGAAGUACAGUGAUGGCUUGCAGUGUGAAGAGGUCUCUCCAGAAAUAACUGAAGACAAACACUGGUCUCUGCACCUGCCAGGUGAAGGGAAGUACCUGUGCAGCCAGACUGACCUGGGCGUGGUGACGCCCUACCCGCUGCACGUGACCUACAAGAGUGCGAACUGGUCCGACCACUGGCAGCAGGUGGGGGAAUGGAUGCCGGUGGGUCAGCUCUUCUCCAUCCUGUGUGAGGAUGUGGAGGGGUCGGUGGACAUCCUACUGCCGCACGUGCUGCAUCUGGCUGACAACACUGAAAUCACCAGGGAAAGCCUACAAGUUGUCCAUGUGGUGGGUGAUUCAGUCGAGCUGCUGCCAGUUACAGAACUCACCUCUUCCCACGCUGUGACCAGGUUCAAGAAAGGAAGCCUGUUUGGGGUGGUGGGCAGGACUGAAGAAGUGAACAGUGUAUCUAGGAGUUGCCUUCUGAUGGCCUUUCGUUCUUUAGAGGACUCUGACCUCUCCCAAUUGAAAGUCUACAUUGUCUCUAACACUAAAGAGAUGAAAGACACCCUAAAAGAGGAUGAGAGAGAUUGGAACUUUGUGCCAUGUGACUUCAAAACCUGCCUUUUGAAUCCGGGUGACAUCUGCUGCCUAAAGGGGAUUGUUAAGAGUGGGGAGGACACGGUUGUCACAGUGGAUAUUUCUCCAGAGCACCUAGUGUACGAGGAUACCUUCAACAACAACAAAUCCUAUGAACCAUUCCGAGUGGAAGUUACUGCCGAUAUCUGGAUGGACAACACCUUACAGUUGCACUUGGAACUGCUGAAAAAGACCAAUGAUGAAGCGAAGAAGACAUCUGUUUCAAAACUAAAACUUGGACGCUACAAGCAAAGUACAGCAGCUGAAGGAGGUGGCAGCAACCUUUGUAUGUUAAACUUUAUUUUUAUGUUUCAAGAUGACAGUAGCAGGGUGGAUGACCUCCCGACAGAAGCCAAGCAAAGUGAGCGCAGUGCAGGAGGCUUUGAAGUGCGAGUAGUCUUGUUGGUUAACGAUGAGUAUGGAGCCUCCAAGGGGGGAGUCUCUGCCAUCAACUGCCAGCUGGGCCAAUUGCUGGCUGAGGCUAAGGUAGUUGUGUACAGCACAGCCCUGCUUGUUCCUAAACAAGAUCAGGAGGCAGCAGACAGAGACGGCGUCCAGCUGAUACAGGCAAUUCAACUGCACGAUGAGUCUGUGCCUACUCUAGAUUGGCUGACCUACUACCACAGCCUCCACUACCCAAACCUCCCUCAGGACGUCACCUGCAUCAUCGGCCACGCCGACAUCACAGAUACGGCGGCACGAAAUAUCUGGGAACAGCGCUAUCCACAGGCAGACCUCGUGACGUUCACCCACAUCCUACCCGAGGACACAGAGUACUACAAGGGAGGACGGAAGGCCAUGAAGGCUAAGGAGAAAGAGAAUGAUAUGCUGGAUAAAGCCAACAACGCAAAGGCAGCUUUCUCGGUGGGCAAGCAUACCUACGACCACUUCGACACCCUGUACAAAGGAGACAAGAAGCCACAGAGUCACUUCAUCUUCCUCCCAAAGCCAUCAAAGAUGUUCCUGGAUAUCAAUGUGAGACCAGGUGGACAACAGAAGGUCGUCCUGGCCGUCGGCAGGGUGUACAAGGCCGAGAAUCUGGAAGGCCAUGACCUUACAGCACGGGCCAUGGGAGAAGUAGUGGAGGUGAUCAAUAACGUUGCUUUGAGGGUCAGAGGGUUGAGCGAGGAUGACUGGGAGAGGAGCAAGAAGAUCAUUGAGGACAACCUAAACAGCGACAAACUGAAACCAAGUCUCCUGCAGUAUGGAACACAAGAGGACAUCAGGAACGACAUGAUGACCGCUCAUCUGGUCCUCAUGCCGUCCCGCUCCGAGCCGUUUGGACUGGUCGGCCUGGAGGCUAUCGCGGCGGGCAUCCCUGUCCUCAUCUCUGACAAGACCGGCCUGGCAGAGUUGAUUCUCGAACUGAUCAAACAGGGGAAGCUCCACCCAGACCGCAGGCAGGUCAUCGUGAAAACGAACGUGAACAACUCCGAUCUUGCAGAAGAUGCUAAGAGAUGGGCGAGCAAAAUCGUGGACAUCCUCAAGUACAGCGACUCAGAGUUCGAGAAAGCUGCCAAGUUCAAGCAGGAGCUGGUGGAGUCCAGGUACUGGGAGGAAUCCCACCUCACCUUCCUGCAGGCCUGCGGUGUCAUGGCUCGAGCAACAGAUCAGUAAAGCUCAUGGGGCAAAAGUGGAUGCGCUGAACAAAGCAAUGCACUGGCAAUGAAACAUUUUGGUUGAUUUGACCAUUUUGUACAGUAAAGGAUUGUUUUUUUUUAGGACAGUUGUUAAACUUCUCUCGUUCCCGUACUUUCUGCUCAAAUGUGAAAAAUCGAGAUUGUAAGGUUUGGAUUCAUAUCAUUUACUUGUAUUAAAACUGGUGGCCAGUGUGUAAAUGCAGUGACUCUAAAGUUGCUACUGUGGUAACUUGCCAGUAUACAGGUCUACAGAUGCAGCGACUGUAAAGUUGCUGCACCAGCUUUGUAGGAAGAUAGGCUUAUCUUAGGUCUCCUGUAAUGAUAGGACACAGUCGUUGCCAUAUAGACAUAAGAUGUAAAACAUUUUCAAAGGUAAUUUUGGAUUGUAUGCCUCCUUAACAUGCAAAAGGACAUAAUUAUAAGUGAGCUUCAUGAGCAUAGCGACAGCUUUACAAAGUACAUGUACAGUAGAUGAUAUGCUGUAAAACUACCUGCUGUUUUGUACAUAGUGAAGGACUGCUGAUAGUUGACAUCUUUAUUAAAUCAUCUGUAUGUAAAUAAUUUUUUGCAUUUUAAAUAUUUUGUACGUUAAAUAUUUUUGUGGUUAGAGAAUGACAGUAAAUGAUUAUAGUGAUGUUUAUCUGCGCCAUGUGAA